AUGGAGCAGAUCACAGACCAUCUCUGCAGGUAUAAAAACUACAACUUUCUAGUCAAUUCCACAAUUCCAGAACACAUCGAUUCACUCCAGAGCUUUGAAAUUCGAGAUAGUGAUGUACUCCUCGUCACAUAUCCAAAGUCAGGUACUAUAUGGACUCAACAGGUCAUCAUCUCCAUCUAUGAGUUAGAGGGGGGUCUGCAUGAAUAUCCAAACAACUCUGAAUAUAUGCCGUGGCUGGAGUACAGGGAUGUUCAACAAGAUUACGCUCUACGACCCUCUCCACGGCUCUUCACCUCUCACCUCACCCCGGCUCUCAUGCCUCCGGGACUAAAGGACAAGAAGGCAAAGAUUAUCUACGUGAUGCGUAAUCCAAAGGACAACAUUGUCUCCUAUUACCACUUCAGUAAUGCUUACGAUGACCUGGAGACUCCCAAGAGCUUUGAGGACUUCCUUCAGACGUAUCUGACAGGCAACGUUUUAGCAUCAUCCUGGUUUGACCACAUCAGGGAGUGGCAUUCAAAGAGAGACCAGUACAACAUCCUCUUUCUCACCUAUGAGGACAUGAUUUUGGACCUGAAGGCGGCAGUAACUAAGAUCUGCACUUUCUUGGGGAAAAACCUGAGUGAAGCAGCCAUUGAGCAAGUUGUGGAAAAAGCUACAUUUAAGAACAUGAAGAAAGAUUCCAAAGCCAACUACGAGUUUCUGCCACAAGAUAAGAUGCAGGGAGAUUUCAUGCGCAAAGGUAAGAUUGGUGACUGGAAGAACACCUUUACUGUCGCUCAGAGUCAAAGAGUAGAUCAACUCCUGCAGGAGAGACUCGGUGAUAUGUCUCUGAAGUUCAUCUGGGAGUUAGCAGAGUAGCCCCACCAACCUUAAGCUGUUUACGUGUUUUUAAUCCUGAA